AUGGGUUUGCCGCUCGCCGACGAAUCGUUUGGCACCCCCGGGCGCAUCGACGUGCUGAUCGGGGCUUCGCUUUUCCCGCAUCUGUUGCUACCUCGCGUGGUCAGCAGCAACUCCUCCGCUCCGCCUGCUGUGCAGACCGUCCUGGGCUACGUAAUUAUGGGCAGUGUGCCCACGUUGCCUGCGCGACGUAAUAAAACAUCGCUCGCUUGUUGUUCUUAUAUUCCGCGUCCGUCUGACAUAAACUCAUUAGAAUCGGCUCUAAAACAAUUCUGGCAAAUUGAUGAGGCUCCUGUCACUCGCUCGACAAGUAAAUCAUUUGACGAGUUGGAGUGCGAGCAUUUCUACGCAGCGACCACGGAACGUGAUAGUAAUACUGGCAGGUACGCAGUUGCCUUACCGUUUCACUCUGAUGUUUUCUCUUUGGGAAACUCAGUAGAUGUCGCGAAAAAACGCUUCUUCUCGCUUGAGAGAAAAUUAGAAUCCGCGCCUGAAUUACGAGCCGCCUAUAAUGACGUCAUUCGCGAGUAUAUUGAGAAAGGUUAUCUAUCUCUUGUAUCACCCGAUAUAUUCAACGACAGUCUUUCUGACUACGUUAUCCCGCAUCACGCAGUUGUACGUUUAGAUAAAUCUACUACUAAACUACGCUCUGUCCUAGACGCUAGCUCUAAGACAAGUUCUGGCCUUUCGCUUAAUGACAUCCUUCAUAGUGGCCCGAAUUUACAGGGUGACUUAUUUAAAAUUCUUUUGAAUUUCCGCCUUUUUGAAGUCGCUCUGUCGGCUGAUUGUCGUCAAAUGUUUUUACAAAUUGGCGUAAGAGAAAGCGAUCGUCGCUAUCAACGCAUUUUCUAUCGUUUCGACAUGAACGAUCCUUUGGUAUUAUACCAAUUUAACCGCGUUUGCUUUGGACUCAAGUCGAGCCCGUACCACGCUCUCCGCACCGUACAACAGUUGGUUGAGGACGAUGGCCAUAUUUUCCCGCUCGCUCGCGCCGUCGCUUCCGACUCGCUGUAUAUGGACGAUAUAGUUUUUAGUGAACUAUCUGACUCGCGCGCUAUACAAGUCGCUAACGAAUUAAUCCUACUUUUCAAAGGAGGUCAGUUCGAUUUAGUCAAGUGGACGAGCAAUUCCCAAUCUGUACUAAAUAACAUUCCUGCAUCCCACAGGUUGUCAGAACAACUAGAAUUCGAUAAGACCGUAGAACAGAGGGUUCUCGGCCUUCGCUGGUGUAAGUCGAACGACUCCUUUGAAUUUCUCAUCACCGCGCCCCCUGAUACGUGUUCAAAACGCGCUAUUUUGUCUGUUGUCGCCCGUCUGUGGGAUAUUAUGGGUUUUGUCGCGCCAGUGAUUCUAUACGCGAAAUUGCUUAUAAAAGAGCUGUGGCUGUUGAAGCUCGACUGGGACGAUGAGCCCCCGCUUUCUAUUAUAAAUCUUUGGCAAUCCUUUCGCUCUGCCUUACCGCUUUUAAAUGACUUUAAAAUUCCGCGCCAUUUAGGUGUGUUUGAAAAUUGUAUUCUUCGCAUAAUUGGUUUCUCGGACGCGAGCGAGCGCGCUUACGGCGCCAUCGUUUACGCUCACGUUACUUGCGGUGAUCAAGUAACUGUGCAGCUGGUCUGUGCCAAGUCUAAGGUUUCGCCAGUCAAACCCAUGACCAUUGCUCGGCUAGAGCUUUGCGGUGCAGAGCUUCUGUCGAGGUUACUUCGUCGUGUUCAUGACACAUAUGACCCGCGUUAUAAGAUUACCGGACUUUACGCAUUCAUCGACUCAAAGGUGACUCUUUGUUGGAUUAAUUCAUCCCCGCACCGCUGGCAUACAUUUGUGGCCAACCGGGUCGUCCGCAUCGUAGACAAUGUUCCCGCGGAGCAUUUUUACCACGUAGCUGGCACUGAGAAUCCCGCGGACUGUCUCUCACGUGGCUUGACGCCCGAUAAAUUCAUUGAGCAUCCAUUGUGGUUGCACGGACCUGCUUGGGCCCAGCGUGACCCAUCUGAAUGGCCUAUUUUUAAAAUAUCCGACUUGGGUUCAAAUGCCAUUCCAGAGGAAAAGAUCUCCCGCGAGUGUAUUUCGUGGACCACAUAUGGUGCAGUACAUUGGGUGUGUGAAAUACCUCCUAACUCGAUCAUCAUCAUCGAAGAAGACGUCCACGUAGACGAUACCACCUGGAUGCCAGCGCCCGGAAAACCCAGCUCAUCAUACCAAGGAUCUUGCCUACAAAUAUCUCUCGAUACUGGCCUUGGUAACGUCGUCUCUCAAAUCCCACUAUAUUUUGACGGAAGCGUACCCCCUGUUCUUGCGAAUAAGCCCCCAUAA